CUCACACUCUCAGCUGCGGAUACUCCGCCAGAACGGCGGGAUUUCUGCACGCAAUGCAAUGAUACAUGCCACAUCAGUUGUGACUCUCACGCGCCGACCCUCACCUCUCAUUCUUGACUCGUGCAAUGAUGAAGAGCACGCCAGGCACGGCAGCCAGGGCAAGGCCCACGAUGAGAGAGGAGGGCAGGCUGUGGGGAAUCCCAUACGCCAGACCCACAUAUGCGAUGCUGCAUGUCGGGUGGCGCACACGGACGAAUGUAUCGGAAUGUUCAAUGAAGCGGGCGGGUGUCUCGCUUGCUCACAGGCAUUCGACGGCGCCCCUGACGGCAAAGUCCCGCAGCACGAGGGGAUUCUGCGUCGGAUUGCACCACGGCUUACAGCACGGCAGGUGGGGGGCCGUGGUUACAGCACGGCAGGUGGGGGGACUGAAUGCAGGCGGGAGAGACACACGAACACGCAUGUCUGCUCCUGUUCUGUCAUAUUGGCGGCCUCUUGCUCACUUCAAUCACGAGGAUGCAGGCGGCGCACAGCCUGCUCAACCACAAAGCACAGCGGGGGCAUGGAUACAUCGCAGACUUGCGAUGGCCUUUGCCUUUGCAGUGGAUGAUGUGUCUCGACUGCUCACCAUGCCCAGAGGGCGACGAAGAACGUCCUCCUGUUGUUGAGUAACAUCAGGAAGGCAGAGAUCAAGAUGAAGACGGCCACAGGUAUCGAGAGAUAGUUGGCCCAGCCCCAUGCCUUCUCCAGUCGGCCAAUCCAGGGCCUCACGCGGCGUAUCCGCCUGCUGCUGCUGUCUCUCUCUCCCUCUCCCUUGCUGGGUGGCCGUCCUGCUUUGGCUGUCUUUGAUGGGCUCUUGGGGCUUCCUUGGUCACGCGGGCUUCUUGACGGCUGAGAGCGCGGGCUUCUCGAAGGUGCCGGGGAACGGGACUUAGAACUCAUGUGCUGAACUGCGCUGCGAUAGUCACGGAAGGAUGUCAGAAGGAGAAAGGUGUGUGGGCGUCUUGG